GCAAGAUCUACAGCAUGAACCUGGGAUCAGUCACAUGGGACCGGGACAAAGUGGAAAACGUCCGGCUUCUCCUGGAUCGGCAGCUCAGCGAGCUGGAAGAAUGUGUUAGGGAACCAGAAUCAGAGCACAAGAUGAGGAGAAACUCUGCCAUUCAAAAAUAUUUCAGGAAACUUCGAAAGUUUCUCAAACAGAAGGGAUUCAGUGACUGUGCCUGGGAAAUAAUCCGCACUGAGACCAGGGCCCGUUUACAACAGCUCCUUUUCGUAACGGCACAAAUCAACAGAAGAAACUGAAAAAAAUUCCAC